AUGGGUUUCCUCGCGAUCCUGUGUCUUCCGACGCUGUUCUUCGACGUCCUCGUGCUGUCCCACAAAAGCAACAUCUAUGAGAGGUCGGCAGUCCCGCGAGCCGCACCCCGCUCCGUGGCCCGGAUGGAUGGAGAUGUGAUAAUCGGUGCCCUCUUCUCCGUCCACCACCAGCCGUCUGCUGAAAAAGUGGCUGACCGAAAGUGUGGGGAUGUUCGGGAGCAGUACGGCAUCCAGCGGGUAGAGGCCAUGUUCCACACCCUGGACAGAAUCAAUGCCGACCCCUUCCUGCUCCCCAACAUCAGCCUGGGCUGUGAGAUCCGGGACUCCUGCUGGCACUCCUCCGUGGCCCUGGAGCAGAGCAUUGAGUUCAUCCGGGAUUCCCUCAUCUCGAUCCGGGAUGACAAGGACGGCUCCAAGUGGUGCAUAGACGGCACGCCGUCCAACCAACCCCCGCCCUCCAAGAAGCCUAUUGCGGGGGUGAUUGGGCCGGGUUCCAGCUCCGUUGCCAUCCAGGUACAGAACCUCCUACAGCUCUUCAACAUUCCCCAGAUUGCUUACUCAGCGACCAGUAUCGAUCUGAGCGACAAGACUCUGUUUAAGUACUUCCUGCGGGUCGUGCCCUCUGACACGCUCCAGGCCCGGGCCAUGCUGGACAUAGUCAAACGCUACAACUGGACCUACGUGUCUGCGGUACACACGGAGGGAAACUAUGGGGAGAGUGGCAUGGAGGCCUUCAAGGAGCUGGCCACCCAGGAGGGUUUGUGCAUCGCCCACUCUGACAAGAUCUACAGCAACGCUGGGGAGAAGCACUUUGACCGCCUGCUUAAGAAGCUCCGUGAUCGUUUGCCCAAGGCUCGCGUGGUGGUGUGUUUCUGUGAGGGAAUGACUGUACGCGGCCUCCUAAUGGCCAUGAGACGUCUGGGUGUGGCUGGAGGAGAGUUCCUCCUCAUUGGCAGUGAUGGAUGGGCAGAUCGUGAUGAAGUGGUAGAGGGGUAUGAACAGGAAGCUGAAGGUGGGAUCACGAUGAAGCUGCAGUCAGAGGAAGUGAAGUCAUUUGAUGACUACUUCCUGAAGCUGCGUUUGGACACCAACUCACGGAACCCGUGGUUCCCAGAGUUCUGGCAGUACCGCUUCCAGUGCCGGCUGGCCGGACAUCCACAGGAAAUGAAGAAAUACAAGAAAGUCUGCUCCGGCAACGAGAGUCUUCAUGAGAACUACGUCCAAGACAGUAAGAUGGGCUUCGUCAUUAAUGCCAUCUAUGCCAUGGCCCACGGUCUCCAUGACAUGCACAGUGAGCUGUGCCCUGGCCAGCCAGGCCUGUGUGAGGCCAUGGACCCCAUCGAUGGCAGUAAGCUGCUGGAUUACCUGCUCAAGAUCACCUUCAGAGGGGUAUCAGGGGAGGAUGUGUACUUCGACGAGAACGGGGACACUCCGGGCAGGUAUGACAUCAUGAACCUGCAAAGUGUGGGAGACGGUAGCUAUGACUACCAGCAGGUGGGCUCGUGGCACGAGGGCAUUCUGAACAUCGAUGACUGGAAGCUGUGGAUGAACAACAGUGACAUGGUCCGCUCCGUCUGCAGCGAGCCCUGCUCCAGGGGACAGAUCAAGGUGAUCAGGAAGGGCGAGGUGAGCUGCUGCUGGAUCUGCACUACCUGUAAGGACAAUGAGAUUGUCCGGGAUGAGUUUACCUGUCAAGCCUGUGACCUGGGCUGGUGGCCUGAUGACGAGCUGGAAGGUUGUGUGCCCCUGCCUCUGAAUUACCUGGACUGGUCAGACGUGGAGUCCAUCGUGGCAGUGUGUUUGUCCUGCGUGGGCAUCCUGGUCACCCUCUGGGUCAUCUUAAUCUUUGUGGUGUACCGCGACACGCCCGUGGUCAAGUCGUCCAGUCGUGAGCUGUGCUACAUCAUCCUGGUGGGCGUCUUAUUGGGCUACAUCUGCCCAUUCACCCUGAUCGCCUAUCCCACUGUGGCAUCCUGCUACCUGCAGCGCCUCCUAGUCGGCCUCUCAGCCGCAAUGUGCUACUCCGCCCUGGUCACCAAAACCAACCGCAUCGCCCGCAUCCUGGCUGGCAGCAAGAAGAAGAUCUGCACCAAGAAGCCCCGCUUCAUGUCGGCCUGGGCCCAGGUAUUCAUUUCCUUCUUCCUCAUCAGCCUGCAACUCAUCCUGGAAAUAACCCUGAUCAUCCUGGAGCCUCCCAUGCCCGUCAAGUACUACCCCAGCAUCCGCGAGGUCUACCUCAUCUGCAACACCAGCACGGUGGGCAUGGUGGCCCCGCUGGGCUACAAUGGCCUGCUCAUCAUGAGCUGUACCUACUACGCCUUCAAGACGCGCAACGUCCCGGCCAACUUCAACGAGGCCAAGUACAUCGCCUUCACCAUGUACACCACCUGUAUCAUCUGGUUGGCCUUCGUUCCCAUCUACUUCGGCUCCAACUACAAGAUCAUCACCACGUCCUUCUCCGUGAGCCUGAGCGUCACCGUGGCGCUGGGGUGCAUGUUCUCGCCCAAGAUGUAUAUCAUCAUCGCCAAGCCAGAGAGGAACGUGAGGAGCGCCUUCACCACGUCCGAUGUAGUCAGGAUGCAUGUGGGAGACGGCCAGGCGGCUCAGCAGAGCAAGAGCAUUCUCAACAUGUUCCGUAGGAAGAAGAACGGAAACGGAAGUACCAAUUCUAAUGGCAAGUCUGUGUCAUGGUCUGAACCAGGUGCAAGACACCCUCAGAGGGGGGGGAAUGUGUGGCACAGACUGUCUGUGCAUGUGAGGAAACAGGAAGCCGGCUCGAAUCAGACGGCGGUCAUCAGGCCCCUAACUAACGCCACCGUCGACCCCCACAGCUGCGACCCCCACAACCACCACCAUGGCCCUGGCACAGACCCCCACCUCCCCCAUCCCCACCCCGGCACCAAGGCUCUGUACAACCUGGCGGAGGAGGAGGACGAGGGGGGGGAAGCACGCCCUCUCUGUACUCCCUCCCACUCCCACUCCGGAAUGCUCCACGGGCAGGACUCGGAGGAGCCACCCUCUUAUUCUCACGUAACGGACUGUACCACUGAGCAUUUGCAGGGGGCGAUGGUGGACACGCACGGCUCCAAUGUCCCUGGAUUUAAUGACACAAACGGUGCCUCCGGCAUUCAGGCCAGCUCCACCAACCAACCCCAAAGCUUCACCUUCUCUCAGCUUUCCCAUCCCCUGCAAGGGGUGGCUUCUUUUGGAGAGGAGGACCUCAUCUCCUCCCUGGAGGGUGCUGAGGGGGAGGCACUGGACCUCCUACACAGCUACACAGAGGAGGAGGAAGAGGACGAUGAGAAGGAGGAGCUGGCUCAGAGUAAGCUGACUCUGGAAGACUCCUUGGCUUUGACUCCCCCCUCCCCCUUCAGGGACUCAGUGUGUUCUGCUGGGUCGGUUCCCGGCUCCCCUGUCUCUGAGUUGGACUUCAGCAGCCCCCCGAGCUCUGUUUACUCCUCCGUCAUCCUCCAGGACUUCAGACAGAGCUCCUCGACACUGUGA